CGGAGGUGGCUGCCGAGCCGCCGAGGGAGGAAGAUGUCGGGUCUCCAGGCGGUGCGGAUCAGCAUCGAGUCGGCCUGCGAGAAACAUGUGCAGGAGGUCGGCCUCGACGGGAGCGAGACGUACCUGCAGCCGCUGUCCAUGUCGCAGAACCUGGCCCGCCUGGCGCAGCGUAUCGAUUUCAGCCAAGGCAGCUCCGGUUCCGAAGAGGACGAGCCCGUCCCGGCCGGCGAGAGUCGUGAAUGGCCCGGCGGGGACGAGGAAGAGGAGGAGGAAGGCCUGAUAAAAUUCCAGCCUUCUCUCUGGCCUUGGGAUUCAGUGAGGAAUAACAUAAGGAGUGCUUUGACGGAGAUGUGUGUGCUUUAUGAUGUCCUCAGCAUAGUCAGAGAUAAAAAGUUUAUGACUCUGGACCCAGUUGUACAAGAACCAUUUACUCAAAAGCAGAACCCUCAAGUUUUGCAGCUGAUGUCCAAGAAAAAGUCCUUAGCUGGAGCAGCCCAGAUUCUUCUGAAAGGAGCAGAAAGGUUGUCUAAAUCAGUUGCGGAAAACCAAGAAAAUAAGCGGCAAAGAGAUUUCAACUCAGAACUGCUCAGGCUGAGGCAGCACUGGAAGCUGAGGAAAGUGGGAGAUAAAAUCCUUGGAGAUUUGAGCUACAAGAGUGCAGGGUCUCUCUUUCCUCAUCAUGGCACGUUUGAGGUCAUAAAAAACACCGACAUUGAUCUGGAUAAAAAGAUUCCCGAUGAUUACUGCCCUCUCGCUGUUCAGAUUCCAAGCGACUUGGAAGGGUCUGCCUACAUUAAGGUAUCUAUUCAGAAACAAGCACCGGAUAUAGGGGACCUUGGGAUAGUCAAUCUGUUUAAAAAACCUAUCAUGAAAUCUAAGCCAGGGGCUCUGCAUUGGCAAACCAAGCUGGAGACCGCCCAGAACGUCCUGUUGUGUAAAGAAAUCUUUGCUCAGCUUUCUCGGGAAGCCGUGCAAAUCAAAUCGCAAGUUCCUCACGUGGUGGUGAAGAACCAAAUCAUUUCCCAGCCCUUCCCAGGAUUGCAGCUCUGCAUUUCCUUGUGUCACUCCUCAGAAGACAAGAAAUCUCAAAAAUCUAACUCUGAGAAACAAGGCCCAGAGGAUCAUCUUUAUGUUCUGGAGCAUAAUCUGCACCAACUAAUCCGAGAGUUUCACAAGCAAACCCUGAGCAGCAACAUGAUGCCUCAUCCAGCGAGCGCUCCUUUCGGCCACAAAAGAAUGAGGCUGGCAGGGCCUCAGGCUUUUGAUAAAAAUGAAAUCAGCUCCUUGCAACCCAGUGAGGGGCUGCUGGAGAAGAUCAUAAAGCAGGCGAAGCACAUCUUUCUCAGACGCACGACUGCCCGGACGAUCGACAGUCUUGCCAGCCGUAUCGAGGAUCCUCAAAUUCAAGCCCACUGGUCCAACAUCAACGACGUGUACGAGUCGAGUGUCAAGGUCCUCAUCACCUCCCAAGGUUACGAGCAGAUCUGCAAGUCUAUUCAAUUGCAAUUGAAUAUUGGCGUUGAACAGAUCAGAGUAGUACACAGAGAUGGAAGAGUGAUCACACUGUCCCAUCAAGAACAAGAAUUAAAAGAUUUUCUUCUUUCUCAGAUGUCACAACAUCAGAUUCUUGCAGUUCAGCAGCUGGCAAAAGUUAUGGGAUGGCAUGUACUCAGUUUCAGUAACCAUGUGGGGCUGGGCCCAGUAGAAAGCAUUGGCAAUGCAUCUGCCAUAACAGUAGCAUCACCUAAUGGAGACUACGCUGUUUCAGUACGGAAUGGUCCAGAAAGUGGCAGCAAAAUCAUGGUGCAGUUCCCACGGUGCCAGUGCAAAGAUCUCCCUAAAAGUGAUGUGUUGCAAGACAACAAAUGGAAUUACCUGCGUGGUCCCUUCAAGGAAGUUCAGUGGAACAAAAUGGAAGGGCGUAACUUUGUAUACAAAAUGGAGCUCCUCAUGGCCGCAUUGACUCCUUGCUCCUAGGCUAAGGACAACAAUCCAAGGAGAUGAUUUUGAGACCGGCGUGUAAGCAAAGUGAGUGAGAACAGCACAUACAUUCCUGGAAGCAAUCUGUUUCUGGUCACUCCAUGGAUUUCUCUUCAGUGAUAUUUGAUUGCAUCUUUUAUUGCCUGUGCUGUAGACAGUCUGCCCUGCAAGUUCUGAAUAUUCAGUUCAACUGUGACAGCUUUUGAAAUAAUUAGUCACAUUACCAACGUUUGAUUUUUAUUAAAUACUUUAUUGGAAACUUUGUACAAAGGAUAACAGGUUUACAUUUAUGUUUUGCCUUUAAAUGCUAUUUAAAUUGCCUGGUUACAUCUUUGAACAAAUGGACUAAUAA